AAGGGCGGGGACCCGCUACCUGCUUUCCCGCUCGCACCUGUGUGGGGAGGAGACUCGCUCUCUGCCGAAAGGGCUAAUCGACAUUCAGCCUGAUCAGUGAUCUCCUCCUACUCUCCCCCCCCCAUCUGAAAUCGAGAGUCACGCUGAGUUCCGUUAGGACCUACUCCCAAGUAAGUUUGCAUGCGCACGUGGCUUGCAAACCUGAGUCGCUCUUUCAUUUUAUUCUUGGAGGGGGAAAAGUCAAACUCCUCGUUCUCCCCUCACCCCCCCCAAAAAAAACAGGUUUCAAUUUUUUAAAAAGUUACUGGACCUCAUCAAGGCGAGGCUGACCUGGCUGAUUAAAGGUGACGCACGCCGCGCCCAAACAAAGGAGGAGUUGCCCUUUUGGCUCCGUCGGGCGUGGUUGCUAGGUAGAUCUCCGCGCCAGGAGAUAGUAGCAAGGCGCUCUGCCUUCUGCGUUCCGCCAGAGGGCGGAGACUUCGUACAGCCGGCCGAGCCCGCUCCAAACGCCCUCGGCAGCUCCCGCAGCCAGUCCGACCGACGGCCGCCCGCUCGUUUGGAUAACUACUCUCUUUCGUUCGUCUCUGCGACCAUGGCAGGUCUUGCCGUCGGCUCCGAGUCGUCCGGCUACAUCCGCACCGUCUUGGGCCAGCAGAUCCUGGGCGAGUUGGACAGCUCCACCCUGGCUUUGCCUUCCAAGCUGUCGGGCGAGCGAGCCCAGGCGCAGAAAUCGCUUCGCAUCCAGCGACAGGUCCAGCAGACCCUAGCUAGGAAAAAUAGGGGCUCCUUGGUCAACGGAAGUCUGCAUCGUACCAGCAGCGUUCCAGAAUAUGUGUAUAAACUAGAUACAGUUGAAACGGACUUUGCUUCAAGACCUCCUCUUGGAACUUCAUACUAUCAGUCUUAUCAGGUAGGCUCCCAAGGUGGUUAUGAAAAUGGCUGGGGCCCUAGAAUCCUUCCAUACAACUCAUACAGGACAAUGGAAGAGAAGUCUCAAAGGCAGCCCUUGAAGAGAUUAGAGGUUUCCCCCAAUGGCAGUCCUGACAAGCUGGCAUACUUCCAAAACGAUUUCCUUUACAACAGGGGGCUAACCUUAAGGCACGGCGAAAGCAAGAGAUCCAGUAUCAUGCCUCCGAGAUAUGCCCGCUCCGAGAUCCUUGGCUACACAAGCCACAACACUCCAAGUAGGGGAUACACCAUGCAAAGGCAGUUCCACAUUGCGCCUGUUAAUGACACUUUGGUUGACAGCGUCCCAAACAGCCCAAGAGGACCAAUCUAUCAGCGAAUUGGGAACAGUCGGAGCAUGAACAACCUUUUGGAGAAAGAGUGUUACCUGGCUUCUGGUUCUGCCAUGGGACAAGUCAGAACUCCCAUUGCUUCCCAGAUUGGGCUUCAGCACAGGCAGUCUUUGAGGUCCAGUUGGAAUCAGAGUACUUUCAGAUCACAGAGCACAAGGGAGGCCUCUCAACCAGCUUCAAUCACCAGCGCAACCACUGAGGCAGCUGGGAAGAGGAUGGCAAUGACAGCAGCUAUGGCAGCUGCGGCAGGAGGUGGUCUCUUGCAGCAAGAACGGAUAACCGCCAGUAGUUCUCAAGUAGGGAAUCCAGAAGGAGAGAUGACUCUGGAGCGUGCAGUAAAUAUAUUGCAGACUGAAAAUGCUUUGUCCCCCCGAGUCCUUGCAGCAGUUGUUUUCAUACAGCACGAGAGCUUCCAGAGAGCAGAAGCAAGAAGAAAAGUUUAUAUGCUAGGUGGGAUUCCCAAGCUACUAGAACUCCUGAAUGUGCAGAAUGAGGAAGUGCAGAGGGCAGCAUGUGGCACUUUGAGAAACCUGGUCUACGAAGACAAUGACAAUAAGCUGGAAGUGUCCGAGCAGAAAGGCAUCACGGUCCUGUUGAGAUUAUUGCAGCAAACCAAAGAUGUGGAGACUAAAAAGCAAAUUACAGGUUUGUUAUGGAACCUCUCCUCCAAUGACCAGCUGAAAAACUUGCUGAUCCGAGAAGCCUUGCAGCCAUUGACAGAAACUGUUCUCAUCCCUUACUCGGGCUGGCCAGAUAGAGAUUAUCCAAAAUCAAGCAUUGUGCCUGACCCUGACAUCUUUUACAAUGGUACGGGAUGCCUGAGAAACAUGAGCUCUGCUGGCCCUGAAGGGAGGAAAAAGAUGAGAGAAUGUAAAGGAUUGAUUGAAUCACUGGUGUAUUAUAUUCAAGGAACCACUGCAGACCACCAGCCAGAUGAUAAGGCCACAGAGAACUGUGUGUGCAUUCUUCAUAAUCUGUCCUACCAAUUAGAGACUGAACUUCCUAGUAGCUAUACCCAGACUAUCUACAUGGCAAGAAGAAAUGUUCCUCCCAGUGAGAGCAGCAUUGGAUGUUUUGGGACAAAGAGCAGGAAAGCAAAGCAGAAGCAGCAGGAUCUGCCACUGCCUGAGGAAAAGAGCAACCCCAGUGGCAUUGAAACCCUCUGGCAUUCCACGCUGAUAAGGAUAUACCUGUCCUUAAUUGCGAAAAGCACAAGAAACUUCACCCGGGAAGCAUCUCUAGGAGCUUUGCAGAACCUCACAGCUGGCAGUGGACCUAUGCCAUUUCUGGUGGCCCAAAUCAUAGUCAAGAAGGCAAAUGGCCUCCCAAGUAUUCGAAACAUGCUACAUGUGACCAGUCCCAGUGUUAGAAAAACGGCAGUCUCCCUGCUCAGGAACCUGUCUCGCAACACUUCACUGCAGAAUGAAAUAGCCACAGAAGUCUUGCCUGAUUUGGUUGCCAUACUUCCAGAUUCUGCCCCUAUAUCUGAUGUUGCCAAUGAGACCACUGCUUCCGCUUGCUAUGCUUUGUACAGCCUGACUCAAAGCAGCUCCCAGAAUGCACGGCUUCUCUUGAACUCGCAUGGCAUCUCAAAGGUUAUAAGCAUCAGCACAAGUGAGAGCAAAGCUGGCAGAGCUGCUUCCAUCCUCUUGUACUCUCUGUGGUCACAUGCUGAUCUCCACAGUGCCUACAAAAAGACUAACUUUAAGAAGACUGAUUUCAUCAAUAACCGGACAUUAAGAGCGUACAAUUCACUGAAAGACUGAAAACGAAGGCAAGAAGGACCUUAGAGACUGAUGAGACUGUACAGGAAAUGGUGCCAUCAUAUCCUUCGCAUUAACCCACCAGCAAGAGCUGCAAGGCAUCCUCCAAGAGAGACUGAUUUUAUACUUUCCAGUGGAUAACCAGAAGAAAGUGCCCUCUUCCCUUUCCAAAUACCCUCUGCAUUAUACCACUGCUUCUUACUACUUUUGAACUCAAGACUCGCUUGUAAAUCUUGAGGUGACCCAUGUUGCAAUGAAGUAAAUAAUUUGAGUUUCA